CCGCUGUGUAGACCAUCGUUACUAGGAGCACUGGUGAGCAUUGAAAUGCAAUUCAUUCUGUGAAGAUCACAUCACGACCUCACUGUUAUCAUUCUUUUGUGUUGUUGUUGUUGUUUUUUAACUUCGUAACGUGCGAAUGGAACAGGAUUGAACCAACGAUGAAUCUUCUCACCGCUUGGAUUAGAAAAAGUGUGACGACAAUUAUAACUACCGUAUUUGUUAACUUUUCGCUGAAAAUUAAAAAAACGCAAAUGUUUCAAUAUGUCAUUAACAUUUCCGGUGUCCUAAAAACUAGCGGACGGGUGAACUGUGAGAAGUAUUUUGGGGACCACCAAGACAAUCAAUUAAGCCGUUUAUUUAUUUUUACUGAAUGUAUUAGUAUACCACUAGUCACAUAUACAGCCAAAGCAGUAUACCACUAGUCACAUAUAUAGCCAAAGCAGUAUACCACUAGUCACAUAUAUAGCCAAAGCAGUAUACCACUAGUCACAUAUAUAGCCAAAGCAGUAUACCACUAGUCACAUAUAAGCCAAAGCAGUAUACCACUAGUCACAUAUAUAGCCAAAGCAGUAUACCACUAGUCACAUAUAUAGCCAAAGCAGUAUACCACUAGUCACAUAUAUAGCCAAAGCAGUAUACCACUAGUCACAUAUACAGCCAAAGCAGUAUACCACUAGUCACAUAUAAAGCCGAAGCAGUAUACCACUAGUCACAUAUACAGCCAAAGCAGUAUACCACUAGUCACAUAUAAAGCCGAAGCAGUAUACCACUAGUCACAUAUACAGCCGAAGCAGUAUACCACUAGUCACAUAUACAGUCAAAGCAGUAUACCACUAGUCACAUAUACAGCCAAAGCAGUAUACCCCUAGUCACAUAUACAGCGAAAGCAGUAUACCACUAGUCACAUACAAAGCCAAAGCAGUAGACCACCAGCCACAUACACUGCCAAAGCAGUAUGCCCCCAGUCACAUACGCAGCCAAAGGAGUAUACCACUAGUCACAUAUAAAGCCAAAGCAGAAUACCACUAGUCACAUAUAUAGCCAAAGCAGUAUACCCCUAGUCACAUAUACAGCGAAAGCAGUAUACCACUAGUCACAUACAAAGCCAAAGCAGUAGACCACCAGCCACAUACACAGCCAAAGCAGUACGCCCCCAGUCACAUACGCAGCCAAAGGAGUAUACCACUAGUCACAUAUAAAGCCAAAGCAGUAGACCACCAGUCACAUACGCAGCCAAAGCAGUAGACCACCAGUCACAUACGCAGCCAAAGCAGUAUACCACUAGUCACAUAUAAAGCCAAAGCAGUAGACCACCAGUCACAUACGCAGCCAAAGCAGUAUACCACUAGUCACAUAUAAAGCCAAAGCAGUAGACCACCAGUCACAUACGCAGCCAAAGCAGUAGACCACCAGUCACAUACACAGCCAAAGCAGUAUACCACUAGUCACAUACACAGCCAAAGCAGUAGACCACCAGUCACAUACACAGCCAAAGCAAUAGACCACCAGUCACAUACGCAGCCAAAGCAGUAGACCACCAGUCACAUACACAGCCAAAGCAGUAGACCACCAGUCGAUUACUCCGUGCAUAUUGUAGGAAAGAGUGUACACAAAAAUCAACACACUGUAAAGCGCCAUUCACCGAUAAUGAACUCGACAUAUCUGGCAGGUAAAUUGGUGACGCUAUGUCGCGGCCUGGUCCUGUUGCUAGUGGCACUGCUCUUGUUCCUGGUCUGGCUGUGGCACUCGCCAGCGGUACUUGUAAGUCACGGUAUGCCUCCAAGUAAGUGAACAGAAUAGAGCAUGAACGUGUUUUCGGAAAUCUGUACGAAACCAAUUUGCACGAAAACAAUUUUUUGAAGAAAUAACUUUGUUUCGCAACCGAUUUGUAUGAAACCAAAUUGUACGGAACCAAUUAGUACGAGAGUUGUUCGAAUGGAAGUUUGUUCACUGGUAACUUUACAAAUAAUAACAUUUUAUUUAUAGCUCAUCAGAUCGACAUCUUACCGUUUUAAAAUAAAUAAAAAAAUAUUUGAACUAACCAUUUCGAUCAAACUUUUAUUCGAGCAAACAAAAUUUCUCUAUUCAAAUUUUUUUAUACCCGGUACUAAAUUGUGUAUGAAUGGCAAAAAAAAAUUUUUUUUUUUAAAUUAUACAUUUAUCUAUACUUCUAAAGCAUGAUGAUAUUAUACAAUGAACACCUUGCCCUGCUUUCAAAUUUGAUCUUCUUUGGUGACGACAAAGAAAUUGAAACUCAGGGCAAGUGUUUGACAGCCGGACUUACUUCAAACUGUUAUAAACAUAGCCGUUUAUGACGUACGGCAUAGAAACAAAUGUGGGAGUAGUCAGCGAAUUGCAUGCACGCUAAACACAUUCACAGUUUCAACGUUAUAUACACACACACACACACACACAUUUUGUACUCUUUCCUGUGCUUUACUUAACUUUUUCUCCUGAAUUAUUUCUCUUUUUUCCCCCCACCCUUCUUUAUACGUCGGUGGUUGUUGUAAAAGGAGACUCCGAGACGCCAGAAAGAAACGUCACGCCUGCACAGAGAUCGUCCCACGACUUGAUCAGAGAUCCGUUAGAUUUCGAGGAGCUGAGUGGUCAGCUGGAGCAGUUGCUCUUAAGGUCAAGUGACUUGACCAACGGUAACUUCACCAUCCCGUGUCGUCCCGACGGAGACAGAUUGGGUAAGACAUUCCGUUGAGUGUUCGUGUGUGUCCACUGAGGAUCAUGGUCAAAAGCUGCUGUUCAAGUUACAGAUCUCAAUUACGUCUUCUUGUUAAGAUUUUAUCAAUGGGGAGCAAUCAACGAAACUUAUCUACAUAUAGAUUUCUUAUAUAUAUUGUGUAAUUAUCAAAGUUCAGCCAGUCAAUCGUUCCUGCCAUUCAGUAAUAUUUAAAAAGUAACAAGGUCCUCAAACUCCCUUCAGCUUGCAGGUCCAACUGUUCCAGACCUUUGAACGCUUCGCCCAAACUCAGGUUAUGGGAUCUGGCGACAUCCGCCAAACUGACCCUCUCCGAUGAACAGGUGGACGCCAUCCUGGCCCUGACCGAGGCGCUGCCGACCAGUGACUACAUCCUCUUGUCUGCGAGUUCACACGACCACUACCACGAGAUGCAGUCGAUGUUUUACAACCUGCACACCGUCUUCACCCCUCAGUCGGAGAACGUCAGCCUCGUCCUCCUCGACAUCGGCCUGACAGAGGAGCAAAGAAAAAUGGUGAGCCUAGUAUUUUCAGACAUACGACUCUGCGCCAGUACGAAUAUUCAAAAUAGGGUUGAGGGAGGUUGGUCGCUGAACGAAAUAAUUACGUCACCAGCACGGAAAGACGCGUGUACUAGGCUAAAUAUUAAUACAGCGAUAUCAGGCGAUCUAUUUAUGAAAACAUAAAGCAUAAGCAUGGCGGUGACGCGAAACAUUGUGGUGAUAGUUUAUAGCCUUAAAAAAUUGUAUUCCUGUGAAUUUUAAAGAAAGUUAAAAUACUUUUUAAUUAAAAUGGUAAAAGCCAAAGUAUUCAUUAUUUAUUAAUUUUCACGAUGAUCUCAUUUAUUAUAACAAGAAUGUAAAUAUUGAUACUUUCCUCAAAUCAUUUUUCGAUGAAUACAGAAACUUUGCGUGAACGAAUUUAAAAUAUCUAAAUCUUUCGGUUUUUUGCCGAAAGUCUCGUUAAGCAAUUGGUUUCGGCUUCAGUUUCGGCCGAAAGUGUCUUUAAGCUUUUGGUUUCGGCUUCGUCUUCGGUCAUUUUAAAAUUUUCGGUCUGGUUUUGGUUUUGGGCCGAAAUCAGAAAUAUCUUUCGGUCGGUCUCUAAUAUAUCUACAGGGUGGGCCAAAAAAAGUGAAAACAUUUCGUAGUGUAAUAUUUUACGAGAUGAUCUCACUUGUUUUGGCCCACCCUGUAUAUAUAUCUAUAUAUAUAUAUUAAACAGUGGUAUUCGUUCCAGAACUCGGUUCGUAACCCGAAAAGUUCGUAACCCGUAACUUUCAAAUCAGUGAAAUAAAAACAAUCCGUGACAAGAUGAAAGAAUCGAUCUUUUGUCUUAACAUCCGGCCGCUAACGUGACAAAACGCCAAGAAUCGAUCUUUUGUCUUAACAUCCGGCCGCUAACGUGACAAAACGCCAAGAAUCUAUCUUUUGUCUUAACAUCCGGCCGCUAACGUGACAAAACGCCAAGAAUCUAUCUUUUGUCUUAACAUCCGGCCGCUAACGUGACAAAACGCCAAGAAUCGAUCUUUUGUCUUAACAUCCGGCCGCUAACGUGACAAAACGCCAAGAAUCGAUCUUUUGUCUUAACAUCCGGCCGCUAACGUGAUAAAACGCCAAGAAUCGAUCUUUUGUCUUAACAUCCGGCCGCUAACGUGACAAAACGCCAAGAAUGCACGUACUUCACGUACUAAAUAAAGAGAACGAAAACACACACACAAAAUAAAAUAAAUGUAAAAUUUCAACCAACAAAUUCUUUGCUUCUUACCAAGAAAACAACAACGCCGGCCUUUACGGUGUGCGACGUGUGCCCUCGCACAGGGCGCCUUGGUCAUAGGGGCGCAUGGGGCGCAUUUAAACACGCCCAUUAAUUUAGACUGAUUAAUUUUCUACGGUAUAUCGCACUUCACUAAAAUAAACUAAAGGAAUUUAAAUAUAUUCUGGGCGCCCCAUGCGCCCCUAUGACCAAGGCGCCCUGUGCGAGGGCACACGUCGCACACCGUAAAGGCCGGCGUUGUUGUUUUCUUUGCUGGACAAUCUUUAGGAUCUGUCGGCGAUCGUUGGUCCCCAACGUUAAAUCUUGUAACUCAAUGCUAACAGACAAUAGUAUCCAUUUCACAGACCCUGUAACUCAAUGCUAACAGACAAUAGUAUCCAUUUCACAGACCCUGUAACUCAAUGCUAACAGACAAUAGUAUCUCCCCACCGUUAUAUCUCCCUCUCUCUCUCUCUCUCUCUCUCUCUCUCUCUCUCUCUCUCUCUCUCUCUCACUCUCCCUCCCUCUCUUUCACUCUCUCUCUCUCGCCUUCGUUCGUAACCCGAGGCAUUGUUCAUUACCCGAGACAAAUCAUUUUCGAGGUUGUUGUUCGUAACCUGAAUUGUCCGUGACCUGAGACAUUCGUAGCCAGAGGUAACACUAUAUAUAAUUUUAAAAAAAUAUAUAUGCCAAAAGUAACUGUACUGAAAAUUUCCCACACCUUGAACGCUAUGGGGUUUGCAGCCACAAGGUGGCGGGAGUCUUGUGAUCAGAGUUUUCCUUCUCUAAGGUAAAUGCACAUUUUUAAGAUGCACUUUUUGACUGUUUGAAAGUCGCUUGGACAUCGAAUGUUAAGCACAUUUUUUAAAAAAAAUAUUUAUUUUUUCAGACUGAGAAACAUUGCCGUUGUCAAGUUCUAGAUUUCCCUUUCUACAAAUUUCCCCGACACUCGUCCAACAGGCAUUGCUAUACCUGGAAGCCACUUAUCAUAUUGGUAAUUGUCUUUUCAGUCACGUGUCGUUAGCUAGUUGGUUUUCCUCAAAUGGGCAACAAGUCAAUAUCUCUUAUUCGGUUAGACGCCGAUAAUACGAACGUCAAAAAUCCGGAUUGGCUCAUCCUGAAAAAAAGGCAAAUCUGCGAAGCGAGCAUCGCAGGGGGGAUCUACGGUGAACGCAAACGUGACUCUAUAUAUAGACCGAUCGCAGUCAAAUAAUAGUUUAUGGGCGCCACCAGGGCAGUAAAGCCUUUCACAAGUCACGGGGUAAACAAUAAUAUACAAGACAUGGUAUCUAAGGAGUGUCUUUUCUUGGUUUAAAAAAAAACAAUGAAAGAAAUUGUUCUUCCAUAUUUACAUAAUCAAUAGUGAUUGGAUUUGAAAUACAUCACUGUGUUUUUUUUACCUGUUUGACAAGCUACAUUUUUGGGGUUUUUUUUUGAGGGGGUGGGGGGGGGUAUUUUCCACACAAAAAAAUGUUAUUCUAAACUAUAUAUUAAAUAUAUUAAACUAUAUAUAAACGCGUUACAUUUAAUUUACUUAACUGAAGAUAACAGUUUUAAUAUGGGAUUAAAAAAUCCAGAUGCCUUGAUCAUUGGGACUGCCUCAACUCACCAUUAGUCCAAAUCAUCCUUGUCUUAAGCUCUAUCCAUAUUUUGCAGUCGGCUCUUCAGAGGGUGCGCAAAGUCCUCAUCUACCAAGACAGCUCCAUCCGCUGGCUGCGGUCAGGCUCGGAGCUCAUCAGCCGUGCACAGGACGUGGGCAUGCAGCUGCUGCGUAGUCCGAGGUCCUCCAGGGUCCCCAUGCACGCAUUAGAAAAGGUCAAAGGUUAACUCAAUUGUAUUUAAAUAAUUGUCAUUCUUCUUUUAGCAGAAAGUCCCUCCAAACUAAAUACGCAAAUAUGUUAUGCUUUUGUUUAAAUAAUUAAACAUCAAGAAAUAAUAUCGCGAAUAUGAAAUUUACAAACGGAAAUUUGCGUUUAAAAAUAGCUGCAUAAUUUUAUAACCCUUUUUGUUAUAUAUAAUACAAUUAUACAUCAUUAAUUUACUAGACUACAGUUUAUCAACGUUAGUGUUAUUAAUAGAACUUAAAGUUUGUUGAUAAUCGACAUUCACGUCAUUACUUCACUUGAUCAUCAUGAACCGUUGUAAUGUCUAUAGUCCAUUUCCAUGUCAUUUAUUUCUCGACCAUCAGACUUUUGAUUACUUUGAAGAAAAACCCUGUGCAUUUUCGGUGUUUCCGGAACUCCACGCGGGAUUUUCACUGUUCAAGCCGGAGGCUUUUGCUGUUAACGCCAUCCUGAAGCCAUGGGCCAGGUGUGCACUAGAGGCGUCCUGUAUGUGUCCGGUGUUUCCCAAGGCGGUGAUAGGAUGUUCUAAAAGAGAGACGGAACACGGGUGCCACAGGUACGGUGCUAUCGCAUUAGCUGAUGUAGUCGUACAUGGAUGUGUUUUAAAUGAUAUGUUUUAAACGAUGUGUUUUAAAUGAUAUGUUUUAAACGAUGUGUUUUAAAUGAUAUGUUUUAAACGAUGUGUUUUAAAUGAUAUGUUUUAAACGCAUUUUAAAGCCAACGAGGGUAUAGUUUUGUGUUAAAUUUUAUUUUUAAAAAAAAAAUUAAUUCGUCCUGGAUACAAUAAGUUACAUGACUUCAUUUAGCUCUUUAUAAUGUUUUUAUACAAUGCUUCUCAAAGUGUGGUACGCUUACCCCUGGGGGUACAGGAAGAGUUUGGUGGGGGUACGCACUGCAAAGGAAAAUAUUUUAUUUAAGUAUAUGAAAAAAAUUUUUACGAGGGGUACUCAGUGUUACGAAAAUUAUAGACAGGGGUACACAGAUGACGAAAGUUUGGGAAUCACUGUUUUAUUAUAUUUAACGGAAUCGUAAAUUUAGUUUUCCCUUCGAUUUCUCCUUUUAGAAUGAUCCAUUUUUAAUUUAAAAUUAUUAUUAUAACUAUAACUAUACAAGAUUUGUGUGGAUGCCAGUCGUCACACAGGUUGAGAAGCUCCGCUCCAUUGCAACAAUUAUAAGUUGGUCAUAUUAGUACAUGAUGUUUUCACGUGAUCUUACCACACAGAAAGAACCCCCAUAUAAUAUACCAUAAUAUAAUGUAUUAUAAUUAGAAUAAUUUUUUUAAAAUAUAAUAGAAUACUAAUUUUUUUUUAAAAAUACUUCUUUAGGUAUGAGAAUGUAUCGCUGCAAUGGUGUGUUCAAUAGUCGCGCAAAGUUUCAAAAUAUAUUUCCCCAGACGUUAGCAUUUAUUUGUGCGUUUUUAUAAAAGUGCGCUACUUGAAUGCAUGUUUUGUUAAAAAAUUACUUUAGCAGAAUAGACGGAAUGUUCAAGCAUUUCAACCGUCAUUACGUGGCGGGUUACAUCCACUAAUACAAAGUUAUAUAAUAUGCUAGUGUUAGCUGGUGAACUUCCCAUCUACUGAAGCUGCUUGACAAAACAUGAACUCAGGUAACGUACGUUUAAGAAUCCCAAUUUAUGCUACAGCCCCCCCCCCCUUUCCUCAAUGAUACGUCACUGCACACUUUUUAUUUCACGCCCAUGGACUAUAUUGAUGUUCCGGUUGCCUAAACAUUGUUUAACUAAGUAUUUAUUACACCAAAUUGGGACGAUUUCAUUUUCCGAAAAGAAAAUAAAGAUAAUAGUACGCACAAACGCAGUUGCGUUAUCUAAUAUAUAUAUAUAUAUAUAUAUAAGAUAUCAUUUUGCGUAGUUAUUGGAAAUUAUAUUUUGUGCGCUAUCUGGAAAUGGAAGCAGUCACACCACAAGCAAUAUAUAUAUAUAUAUAUAUAUAUAUAAAAGAGAUUAUUAGAAUAAAAUGAUAAAAAGCUGUGUUUUUAUGGAGGUCCUUUGUAUGUUUGUUAUUUCCAACUUUAUAACAGGAAACUCAAAAAAUGUAUCGUAAUCAAAUUGUACAUGGUCUUAUCUCCUGAACAAAACGUCGUUCAGGGAAAGUUUGUUCAAAAUCCCAUGAUCCCAAAAGCUACACUUAAAGCAAUCGUAAAAUGUAGAUAGUAAAAAAAAAAUGUAAAUUGCUUCGGGUGACGUUCAAUUUAUGAAAUCCUCUAUAUAUUAACUUUGCUUUUGUUCGUGGGUUUCUUGCUGGGUGUCAAAAUGUUCGAACAGCUAAUUUGCCCACUUUCCGUCCAUCUAUCGAGCUGAAACUUGGCACGUAGACCCUUUGUCAAUCACAGUACAUUAUUUUACAUUUUCAGCCCCAUCCCCCGAAUAUUUUGAAAUAUUCCAUUUGGGGCCGGUUGUCCUAAAAUAUUUUUUCUUAUAUGAGCUAUACAAAUAUAUUUUCAAACAGAGCUAUUGCAUGGGUUGAUGGAAUUGAAUCAAAUACAAGCGACAUUUCAGUUUGAGUGUGACAUAAUUAGGAGGUUUCUGAAUUAGUUCAACCAUUUUACAAUUUUGCGUUUUGGGCCGGGGGGCCAUUUUUAAAAAAAUACUUUUUAAGUGAGCUAUAUAAAUAUAAUUUCGAAUAGAGCUACUGCAUGGGUGGAUCAAUCGUUACUGUGGACUAAAUUUUGAAAAUCCAUGCUUCUCACGUGGACAGCUGAUGUAUGUUGGUUGCUCACGAGUCGAAAAACCUUCUAAUUUUUUGUGCUCGCACCAGGCGGGAAAAACAAAUUCUAUCUAAAAACUACUUUAAAAACGAAAUUAAACACAAACACAUAUUUUUUUCUUUGAGUGAUAUUGCAAAGUAUGCCGGGUUCUCGCUAGAUUUUUAAUAAGCUUCUAUUCAGAACGGUGCGCUUGCAAAAAAAAAAAAAACUUUUAACUGAAGAUUUUUGGUGAGCAUUUUAAAUAAAGCUUUAUACGAUGUUCGAAGAACAAAGGGCUUUCAAAAUAUAUUUAUUUGAAAUUUGUUUUUUUUUAAACAAAAGAUUAGCUUUUAAUUGCAAUUCUAUUUUUUAAAUAUACAGAGAGGCUGCGACUAUUCGUACCCGAGUACCAGAAGACAGAGGUUGGGAUUAAAAAACUAUUUAAAAUAUUAUUGUUGGGUGUGUAAGACAAAAUGAGGUAUCAAAUGAAAGAUAAUGCAAUGGACAUUAUGUUUGUAAACUCAAUUCUUCAGUUUAACUAAAAUAAUCUACCACAAAUGACAUCCGAAUAGCUUUAGCCUAAUGGUACCCGAUUGCGAAUGGCAUCGCUGCGUGUCUGUCCAUUUUGACUCAGUGCUUCGCUAUCCAGAAAGACAUACUGACAGGUUUUGAAAAUAUAUAUUUUUUUUAAUCCGUUCAGGUUGAGGAACCAAAUUUUGUGCUUGAUUAUACGAGCUAUAUUUUUUAAAAAGUACAAACAUGGCAUACGUGCAUUUCAAAAUCUAUUUUGAAAUAUUGGAGGGUUUUUAAAAUCCUUACUUCAAAUUAACAUUUUCGGGGCCAAAGCCAUACUUGUAUUUUCCUUAUUUAAGCUUUAUAAAUAACCGUAGGCUUAGAUAACAAUUAAUGGCUCUACGUGAUUUGGUGGAUGUAGGCAUAACUUGGACACAUAGAUUUUAUAUUCAAUAUCAAAAUAGUGCUGAAUUCUAAUCAAAUAAUAUCUACUCCGGGUUCCUGUGUGCAAUAUAUUAAAUAGCUAUAACUCUUGCAAUUUUUUUAACUGAUUCUAAUGGGACUACUUUUAAAUUAAUAACUUGAUUAUUUGUCUGAUGAAUGUGUACAUUAGUGAUAAUAAACCAUAACCUUAGGGAAUGUGGCCCCUAUCUUAGCGAUCAUAAAAAAUAACCUUAGGGAAUGGAGCACCUCUCCUAGUGAUAAUAAAAUUUGAAAAUGUAGCUAUUAUAUUUAAAUGAAUUAUAGUUACAAGAUUGCCUACUUCAGGUAUAAAUAAAAUGCCCCAUUUCUGAAUGGGUUGAUGUCAGGGUUCCUCUUUUUUAUUUUCACUGAUUAAAGUCUAUUUAUUAGGCACAAGUGAAUAAAUUUUAAAAGUUCAAUAAGUCUUUAAAGCAUGUAGGUUCUUUUUUUUUUACUUGGCCGAGCUUGAAUAUGAACCUUCAUGGGGGAUGGGCCCCAAAGUCAAUGUUUACAAGAGUUUUCAUUAAUCUCGAUUUCUCAUGGGGGCACAAUUUAAAAAAAAAAGUUUUAUUGAUUAUAGAGCUUAGUUUUUUUGAAAGGGCCCAAGGUUUACGUGUAUGCUCAUAAGAUUUCUUUCUUUUCUUUUUUUUUUUUUUUUUUUUUUGCCGGGUAAAUUAGCUAGUAUACAAAAAUAGAAAAUGAUAACAGCAAGAUGCGGAAGUCUGUGAUAUAUAAAAAAAUCAUUGAUUUUUUGUUAUUUUUUUUUUUUUCCCCCCUUUUUUUUUUUUUUUUUUUUUUUUUUUGCCGGGUAAAUUAGCUAGUAUACAAAAAUAGAAAAUGAUAACAGCAAGAUGCGGAAGUCUGUGAUAUAUAAAAAAAUCAUUGCUUUUUUGUUAUUUUUUGUUUUUUCCCCCCACAGAUUCGACCAAUCCUGCCUUAGUAUAAUCACAGGAAAACUCUUCAAUGAACAUCUUUACAAAUUCACCGUCCCCAACUCGCGAUUCAUCGACAUCAAAAGAUUUGCAGACCAUCCGGGUUACUUUAAUUCAACGUGACGUUUAGAAUAUCAAAUACGGUGCUGUUUUUCUUUUUUUCUUCACUGAUGUUUUGCUGUUGUUGACUGAACAAUAUCUAACCGAGCUGGAUUCACCAAAGCUGAUCGAUUUUGAGGAUUUCGACUGAUUCUGGUGGGGCAAAAUAGUGGCCUGCGAUGGAACAUUUUGGUCGAUUCCCCCCAAAAUAUCUGAAUGCAUGGUCCAAAAGAGUUAUGUCACUUGAAGCUGUUACUUUGAGGUUGAAUUUUUUUAAACUUUAAUUUUAUUUUGUUAUAGAUAUGCCAGAGUUGGGGUGUUAAAUUUGAUAAUGACCUUGUUUAAUCAGUCUGUUAAUUGUUUGCGUGUAUAUUAAUCUCUGUGCUAUUGGCUUGCUUGUUUAUUAAUCUCUGUGCUAUUGGUUUGCGUGUUUAUGUAUCUCUCGGCUAUUGGUUUGCGUGUUUAUUAAUCUCUGUGCUAUUGGUUUGCGUGUUUAUUAAUCUCUGUGCCAUUGGUUUGCGUGUUUAUUAAUCUCUGUGCUAUUGGUUUGCGUAUUUAUUAAUCUCUAUGCUAUUGGUUUUCGUGUUCAUUAAUUUCUGUGCUAUUGGUUUGCCUGUUUAUGCGUAAUGUUUUUUGUUUAAUUCUUUGUUUAAACUUAUUAUUAAUGGAAUCUACUUCAGUAACCUUAUUGGCUAAUAAAAGAUUAACUGAGAACCUUGCAUGCGAGCGAGACAGGCGAUUAGUCCAAAUGUAAUGACGUCAUAAUUAUUUAGACGUAUUGUAAUACGAAUUGAUGGAUUGCUGCUUACAUCGCAUUGUCUAAGCUUUCACUUGAUAUGAGUUUCUCUCAUAAAGUUUUUGCAUGUUCAUUGCAAGGGGAAAGUACGCGCUCACCUGACCAUUUGGUUGAAUUUAUGUCUGAAACUCAUAUUACAGUACAUGGAUUUGAUAAGUUUACUUUUAGAGGAUACAUAUUCUAACUUUGCUUAGGAACAACUUUAAUAAAUCAAUCUUUGUAUUAAAC